UCGAAUUAAAUAAUGUUCCAAAUAAUUCCAUACAGAACUUUAUCCGAGAGACGCCCUAGGUACGUUUUUUAGAACCGUAGGACAUUUUUAUUCUUUUAGGGUCUCUUGGAGUCUGUGUUUUGUAUGAGAUAUUCAUAACUUAUUCAUAAUUUUUUAAAUGCAACAAACAGGUAAUUGCGAAAUUAGAAAAAUGAUGGUGACUAAAAACAGCGAAUAAUACCAUUCUUUUCGACUAUACUUUCUUAGAAAAAAGAAUCACUAUUGCAAAAUGCUUUGACUCCAUAUAUAGAACAUAUUGAAGACUUACGAGAUACUUAUAUAACAAGAUACUAUGUCUCAGAAGAAACUAUUGUGUGUGUAUAUUUGAACGGAAAAAUGUAAAGCGGAAAGAUAGUUUCCAUAUCUUUGGGCGUGUCUCGUCGAUUCUUGUCCAAUGUCCUUGUCAGCACAACUCCUAAGAGCGACCUAAGCUCAAACAACCGCGACCACCUUGAAGUAUGAAGAGGGGCAUAUUGACACGUUAGAGGAGAGGAUAUAUAGAGGUUUUGCAUGGUAUGAGAACAGAUUAUCUUUCCGUGUCUCGAACACUGUGUUUCUCCGAAAAAUGCAAGUAGUGACAUCAGCAAAAUGAAGUUGUUCUUUGUUAUUUCGACUUUCAGUCUAAUUGCACUAUGCCGUAGUGCGGACGAAUCUUCGGAUUUAAAAGUGCUUACAAAAUUAACGCCAAUAAACGGUGAACAGCGUAUAUACUCCGAAAACACACGGGAUAAUCGAGGAGAUUUGACCGCUUCUGCGAGCGAUCGAACGUUUCAUAUAAAUAAAGGUUAUCCGGGAUCAAUUGGUGGAUAUCCUGGAUAUCCUGGAGGAUAUCCUGGAGGAUAUCCAUAUGGAACGGGAGUCAUUGGAUCCGCUUAUCCUGGCGUACCAUAUCGUGGUAGCAGUCUGAUUCCAGGGUAUAGAGGAUAUGAAUACUCUGGGCCUGGAGGGCUUGGUGGCGGAUACGGAUAUGGGGGUAAUUAUCCUGGAUACGGUGGAUAUGGCGGAUAUAGUGGAUACGGUGGAUAUGGUGGAUAUGGGGGUUACCGAGGAUAUGGAGGUUAUGGAGAUUAUGGAAGGGGAUAUUAUCCCGGUGGUUACGGGGGUUACGGAGGUAAUGGGGGCUAUGGGGGCUAUGGGGGUUAUGGAAGUGGUUAUGGAGGCUACGGGAGUGGCUAUACGGGUUACGACGAUAGUUAUUUAGGAUAUGGACGUGGUUAUAAUCGUUAUGAUGGGUACGAUAAUUAUGGUACAAGUUAUGGUUCAACAUAUGCAGCGAGAAAUCCAUACAGUUAUCGUAGUGAUAGUUAUGGCACUUCCCUCAGUAAUCCAUCUGGUUAUCGUGGUUAUUCGUAAUCAUGAUUUAAAUAUUCUCUAAAUCUCAGAGUGAAAUGUUACUCUAAAAGAUCCUGAACAAUUUUUGACUUUUUGAGAUUUAGACAGUACAUUUUUACACAUGAUAUACAAAUAUUAUAAUUAAAAAUGUUACAAAUUAAUAUGUUCAUGUUAACAUAUAUUUUAAUAAUAAACAAUUAAUUAUAUUUUUAGGAUUUUUGGAAAUACGUAAGAACUGUACAAUAACAUAUCUUGAUGUAACAAAAGAAAGAUCAUAAUGUAAAAUACUGCAUUGUAAAAUAUAUACUGCAUUAAAAUAAAAAAAAACUGAUAAUUAU